CUCGCGUUGACAGCGGUUUCGUCGUCGAUAGAAAAGAAAGGAUUUGCAAAUGGAGGUGACAGAAUUGACAACACUUUGAACGACAAAAGGUACAUCUCACCAUGUCUGAAUCACUGUAUGAGAAGUUUUUGGCCCCAGAGGAGCCGUUUCCUCUCCUCUCCCAAAGAGCCAACCUCAGUGAUGUUGGAACCCUGGAUGUCAGUGACUUUGGCUGUCAGCUCUCAUCGUGUCACAGAACUGAUCCUCUACACCGUUUCCACAGUAACAGAUGGAACCUUACUUCCUGUGGGACAAGUGUCGCCAGCUCAGAGUGCAGUGAGGAACUAUUUUCCUCAGUCUCGGUGGGGGAUCAGGACGACUGUUACUCCCUUCUGGAUGACCAAGAACUGACAUCGCUGGACUUGUUUCCAGAGGGCAGUGUUUGCAGCGACGUCUCCUCCUCUAUCAGCACUUACUGGGACUGGUCUGACAGCGAGUUUGAGUGGCAGUUGCCAGGAAGUGACAUAGCCAGCGGCAGUGAUGUCCUCUCUGACAUCAUCCCAAGCGUACCAAGUUCACCAUGUUUAUUUUCCAAGAGAAAGCCAAAGCCCCACCCUCAUCGUAACCUGGAUGAACUGCCCUGGAGUGCUAUGACCAACGAUGAACAAGUGGAGUACAUUGAGUACCUGAGUCGUAAGGUCAGCACAGAAAUGGGUCUGAGAGAACAGCUGGACAUCAUCAAAAUCAUCGACCCGUGUGCUCAAAUCUCUCCCACAGACAGUGAGUUCAUCAUCGAGCUCAACUGUCUCACUGAUGAGAAACUCAAACAGGUGCGUAGCUACAUCAGAGAGCACGGCCCCCGACAGCGAGCCAGUAGCACCAGAGAAGGCUGGAAGAGGAGCAGUCACAGCAGUGCCAGCACCGGCGGCAUCAGUGGAGCUAGCAGCAGUAACGCCAGCAUAGUGAGCUCUGCAAGCUCCUCCACUUGUUCCACGGCCUCCAACUCUUUAGCAGGUGGGACAGCCUCAGCUUGUAGUGGAAGCAGUGUUGCCAACAUCAGCAGAGCUCACAGCGAUGGCAACCUCUCUAGUGCUGCAGAACGUAUACGAGACUCUAAAAAGCGUUCAAAGCAGCGUAAGCUUCAGCAGAAAGCUCUCCGGAAGCGACAGCUGAAAGAGCAGCGUCAGGCUCGCAAGGAACGUCUGAGUGGACUGUUUCUGAACGAGGAGGUACUGUCGCUACGGGUAACGGAGGAGGACGACCGCGUUGACGACCUGGACAUACUGAUGUGACACCAGUGAAUCAAUCAGUGCUCCCUCUACGCCUGCUCUCUCAACACCCAGCCACUACCAUAGAGCUUAGCAACAGUGCUGAGUCCAGUCACUGUUCUCUUUAGCUUUGAAUAGGCUAACAUGCUCAUAAUGCAAUUUGUAAAAAGUAACGUGGCAGGUAGUACCUUUAAGCAGCCAUUAGCGUAGCUUGACACAUUGCUUGCUUUUACUAGUUUUAGAUGCAAGUGCCAUAAAAUACUGCUAAUGCUUUGAUUAGAUAUUUCAUCAGUCUAACCUGCUUAUAACUCAUGCUAACACUGCUACAGGUGAGACACUCACAGGUAAUGCAUACAUAUAUUGCAGUGACAGUUAUUACAGCUUAAUACAGUUAACUGCAGCAGAUGCUACUAAUACAGCCACCACUAGCAGAAGGGCAGGUCAGACAAGAGAAGCAGAGUUUGGUCAUGUUGUGCAAAUGAGAGAGGUCAUGGCAACACGUUUACCGUACUUUACUCAUACUGUUAUUAAGUUAUUAAGUUUGCUUUAUUUUAAACAUUAAUGGUGAUACUUGCCACCCGUCUGCCUACGGAUACUCGCAUGGCUUCAUCUGCAACGACCAAACUCUGCUCAUCUGUAGCUGUAGUUGAACCUGCUGCAUAUUAGGUUACAUCAGCAAAGGUAUGAGAAACUACUUCCAGGUAGACAGUCAACAUGACAUAAGAGUGAAGCGUCUGACAGGAACAUGACAGGAGAUUUACUGUAAAUUGAAGUGUACUCGUCAGGACCUACUGGGGAAAACAACACAAAAUCAUGAGAUUAAAACAAUGUUUAUAAACAGUGUCUAUAAACUGAUGCAGCCUGAAUGUAAUCAAUGCUCCUGUUAAACAUCCUCCAAAGAGAUGAAGAGAUUUGUGAUGUGGAAAUGUGGACGUGUGCUGGCCUGUCUUUCUAUCUAGUGUUGUUGGUUCCAUUUCACUCUUUAAGGCUUAGAGGGAGCACUGAAAAACUGCAUGUUUAAUCGUCCCCAUGUGGUCCAGUAACUUAACGACUUGCAUCAUUAUUUACAUACACCUGUAAAAUUAGCUUACCUGUAUUGUAUAUACAGUAAAUGAUAAAAAGCUUAUUUACUUCCUGUUUUCAGGUUUUCCUUGGUGAGAAAGGUUUUGAGUUCAUUUCCCUGUUUGCGUGUGUGUAUAUAGAUAUAUGUACACACACUGGAGAAGUAUUGAACUGUUGACUUUUUGUUUGUUGUUGCUUAAGAGCUGUAAAUUGCCACAGGAUCGUAGCAAAACUUUUAGUCUUAUUUUGAUCCAUUUAAGUACUUGAGUUUUGUCUUUGUCUCUUUCCUCUUUUUCUACAAGCACUCCUGCUGUGUUUAGUAAAUGACCCUCACAAGUUUAAAUGCUUUAAGCUUUGGUGAAGUCUUAACAUGUUUUUUUGUAUGUCUGUGUGCUGUACGGCUGGUUUCCCGGUCAUGUGAAUCCAACAUUUACCCAGUAACUUGGCUAAAGAGAAGUGUUAACAUUGCUUUGUUAAAAUCUGGAAAUGCAGUGAAUGAAGCGCUAACAUCUCAAUAUUAACUUGAGAUGGGGUUUGUGUGCAUUCGUAGCGAUCUUGGUAUUUAGUUUUUUGAUGAAAUUAUGCAUCUAUUUGUGUGUUGCUGGGGUUUUUUUUUCUGUUAACCCUCUGAGUUGUAACACAAUGAACCACUGGGAUUACUGACCUAACAGCCUGUUGUCCUGUCUAAUAUUUUUUUAAUGUGUACUGACCUUUGGUUCUUGUCUCUGUCCUGUGUGUAAAUCUAUUAAUUACAGCAAUUAUGUUGAUGCAGCUUUAUGUAUUCUGUAGUAAUGAAUUAGCAAAAAUCUAUUUUGAAAGAAUAAGAUAAUUUUGAAAAAAAAAAAAGUUCAACUCAAGCCACAGUGUGAUGCAAUAAAGUUAUUUGUGUAUAUAAGGUACUGUGUCAUUUCUGAAAAUGACAGAUCUUGAAUGGAUUAAACCUCAUUGUAAAUCAAGCUUUUUUGGUUUAGGAAAAUACCCUCAGUGCCAUCGUUUGGAUUAUUUUAUCACAUCACACUGACACUUUUACCAUCUCAGUGUUUUUACGGGUUUACAUUAGUUCUAAUAUAAACCACUAUGAAACUGUUGACUGCAAGAGAUACAACCCCGCGAAAGAAAACCACAACAUGACAAAUAAACUUAUUGUUGCAUCUCA